GGCAGCGGCUCAGAGGCACUCGGCGCGGCGCGGCGAGCUCGACAUUCCCCGGGUCCCGCAGAGCCGCGUCGGGAUCGCCCGGGCUCCCGCCCUCGAGCCUCGGCCACCGCCGCCCUCGGCUAGUCUGUCCGCGGCCGCCCGAGCGCCGGCGCGAUCCCGCCGGGGCCGUGCGUGCUCCCCGGCUGCGCGCCAUGGGCAGUCCCCGCUCGGCGCUGAGCUGCCUGCUGUUGCACUUGCUGGUUCUCUGCCUCCAAGCCCAGGAAGGCCCGGGCGGGGGGCCUGCGCUGGGCAGGGAGCUCGCUUCCCUGUUCCGAGCUGGCCGGGAGUCCCAGGGUGUUUCCCAACAGGUAACUGUUCAGUCCUCACCUAAUUUUACACAGCAUGUGAGGGAGCAGAGCCUGGUGACGGAUCAGCUCAGCCGCCGCCUCAUCCGGACCUACCAGCUCUACAGCCGCACCAGCGGGAAGCACGUGCAGGUCCUGGCCAACAAGCGCAUCAACGCCAUGGCAGAAGACGGGGACCCCUUCGCAAAGCUCAUUGUGGAGACAGAUACCUUUGGGAGCCGGGUUCGAGUGAGAGGAGCUGAGACAGGCCUCUACAUCUGCAUGAACAAGAAGGGGAAGUUGAUUGCCAAGAGCAACGGCAAAGGCAAGGAUUGUGUAUUCACGGAGAUCGUGCUGGAGAACAACUACACGGCCCUGCAGAAUGCCAAGUACGAGGGCUGGUACAUGGCCUUCACCCGCAAGGGCCGGCCCCGCAAGGGCUCCAAGACACGGCAGCACCAGCGUGAGGUCCACUUCAUGAAGCGGCUGCCCCGAGGCCACCACACCACCGAGCAGAGCCUGCGCUUUGAGUUCCUCAACUACCCGCCCUUCACGCGCAGCCUGCGAGGCAGCCAGAGGACUUGGGCCCCUGAGCCCCGAUAG